GUCUGCUGUUGGUUUGGUUUGCACAACAGAUCUAGGUAAUACCCAAACUCCAUUCGGCUCCUACAUUGUAACGCCGCGGGAGCGACCCCGUUCCUGUCACCUGCAGCCAGCCUGAGGGGGCCCAGAGUAACGGGUGAAUAUAAAGAAUCGGCGGUAGCCACAGCGGGACAAUGUCUCUCGAGCCUGUGAUCUUGGGUGGUCGUGUGCUAGUAAUACACCACAGCAUAUGAAACUAUAAAGUUACCACACCGAUCGCGCCAGGAACUGUGGCGACCAUGGCAUCCCAACCCAUCCUCCUGAAGGGCGGCACCCUCCUGGUCCACGACGACGACGACCGUGUCGUGCCGACGAGGGCAGACCUCCUCAUCGAGGGCGACAGGAUCGCGCGGAUCGACAGCGACAUCCAGACUCCCGCGUCCGGUGCCAAGGUGAUCGACUGCGCGGACAAGAUCGUCUCCCCGGGCUUCGUCUCGACGCACGCGCACCUGUGGCAGUCGCAGCUCAAGGGCCGGCACGCCGACCACACGCUGGUCGAGUACAUGCCGGCGGGCUGCUACUCGGGCGCCUUCUACUCGCCGGCCGAUCUCUUCUGGGGCCAGCUCGCCGGCGCGAUGGAGUCUGUCGACGCUGGCACCACCACCGUCGUCGACCACUCCCACCUCAACCUUGGGCCUGACUACCCCAAAACUGCGAUCCAGGCCCUCAACACCUCGGGCCUGCGGGCCAUCUAUUGCUACUCACCGGAGCGGCGCGUAUCCUCCUUCAGCCCGCUUAAACUGGAGGAGGAGCCCUACCCCUCACCAGAGGCGCUUCAAGCCUUUGAGGACCUGCCAUCCCGGUCCUCGCCUGACGGCAACGGCCGUGUGGUCCUCGGCUGGUCGCAGGACAACAUGUACAUGCCCCAGGCCGACCUGCAGUCCCUCUACGGAUGGCUACGCGGCGGCGUCGGCGGCGGCGGGGCGAGCCGAACACAGCUGAUAACGACGCAUGCGCCGGGUGGGCCAGCGUUCGGCGGGCGGCCCCCGGCGGUUUCGAUCCUGGGUGCUGCGGGCCUAUUGGGGCCAGACGUGCUGCUCAGCCACGCGCCGGGGCUGGCGGCCGAGGACGUCGCUACCCUCGCGGCCGCAGGGGCGUUCGUGUCGAGCACGCCGAACACGGAGAUGCAAAUGGGCAUAGACCCGGUAGCGAUGUGGAGGGACGUGAUUGCCGGGGGCGUUGGCAGCCUAGGCGUCGACUGCCACACCUGGGGGACCAGCUACAUGCCAGCCUGGCAGCCUGGGCACCUGCAUGCACUUCCCCAGGUUGUCGCUUGCCUGUGCCGGAUGUGACGUCGAGCAGGAGGAAGCUGCUGUGUGGAAGGAAGGUGCCUGCCUCUCUUGUGGGCGGUCAGUGCAAGAUUCCCCGACCCCGAC